AUGGUUUUUGGUUUAUCCCGGAAGGAGCAUAAAGUGCCAGAUUUAUCUAGGUACGACUAUUAUUAUCAAAACAACCAAGAUUUUAAUAGAAGCGCAAGAUUAUCAGCUGCAGCUGCUUCAGCUGCAAGUAAUGGUGGUAAUAGAAGAGUUGUCAGUGCGCAGCCAACUCAUCAAUCGCGACAACAAACUAGAUCAAAUUCAUUAAUACAUUCUAAAGAUCCACAACGUAGAGCAUCAAGCGUUAUACCACCAAGAAUGAAUUCAACUAUUAGUUCAAGACCUCGUGUUAAAGUGAAAAAUCCAAAUUAUAAAACUUAUUCUUUAAGAUCAGAAUCAAGUGAAGAUCAAAUUGGACCUUCAAUUAGAUCAAAAUCAGUAGUGAAAGGAACUAAGAUGAAAAAUAGUAAUAAUAAUAAUAAUAAUAAGAUUACUAUGAAUAAAAAAGACACUAGGAGUGGAACUCAAAACUCAAUACAUACUACUAAUACUAAUAUUCAAAAACAGCCACAACAGCCAAAGAAAAAGAAAAUUAUUAAAAAACCGGCUGUUACAACAUCGAGACUCAAUUCAAUUGCUUCUAACAAUAGUACAAAUAGACAAUUGAGAAAAAUGUCUAUGAGUGAUUCUAGGAGUAAUUCUAUUACAACUCAGAUAACUAAAGUUAAAGAUCCUCAGGGGAGAACCACUUCAAUUACUCGUAAAACUAUUAAAAGAAUAGAUGGUUACGAGUAUAUUGAAACAACAACAACUACGACAACAGUAGCUCCCGUUAAUGAAACAGAAUCUAUAGAUUCAAAUCAAAGACAUUUCGAUGAAUUUAAUGAUGAUUACAUUAUGGACAAUGAUUUUGCUCCAAUUCAGGACAUUCAAGAAGAAACUGAAAAUGAGGAUUCUCCACAAAUCGAUGAAGUAAUGUUACAAGAGGAAUCUCUCACGCCGUCAUUGCAUGGAAGUUUAAAUGUAAAUGAUGAUACACCACAUAUUGAAGAACCAUUGGCAGCUAUCGCAGAUUCAACUGAAUUGUCCAAUGUUUCACCUAUUCCGGAAUCACUUGUUGAUGAUCAAGAUUCUUCAUUAAAUCAGCAUGAUGAAGAAGAUGAUGAUGAUGAUACGGACGAUGCUGAUGAAAUUUACAAGUCACAGGACCCAGAAUUAUCAGAAACAGCCACAAGCGAUGAAAAUGUCCCAGGGACAUUCGAAUAUGAUUAUACAAACCCAUAUGUGGAAACUGAGGGAACUGAGGAAACUGAGGAAACUGCUAAUAACGAAGACGAUCAUGAGCUAGUUGAAGAGCAACAUAUAUCUACAGAGAAAAGACCAGCCCAUCCUUAUGCCCAACAAACAUUAAUUCAGCCACUUUCUCGGCCCUAUAUUAAUGAUCCAGAUCAGGUAGUACAAUCACAAAGUAGCAAUACCAUUUUUUCAGAUGCUCUAGAAGAAAUACCAGGUGCAAAUGUUGAUGAUACCAUUCAAUAUGCUAAACAUAAUACCCCUAAAUCACAGAUAAAAUCAAAGAGUCGACCAAAGAACAAUAGAAUAUCAGUAAAUAAGUCAAAUAAGCAGACUAAACGAACUCAGAGAGAAACACAGAGCAUUGAAAUUCAAAGAAAUGAUGUAAACCAACAUCAGAACGUAGCUAGAAAGAAAACCGUAAAACCGAAGAAACCAUUAACUGAAGCAGAAAUGUAUCAAAAGGCUUUAGAAAUUGCAACAAAGAAGGUAUACAGUGAUCGCCUACCAUCGACGAAUGUAAAGAAACCAUCUAAAAGUAUGAUGGGUCAACGCAUGACGUUAAGAAAUGAAGAGCCAAAUGGGAAUAACAUGAUGUCCCAUAGCCAACAUCAAGCUGCACCAAAUGUGUCUCCAAAAAAACACAAGAGAUUAUCCUUGUUUUCUUUUGAAAAGCAUCAUGAUGAGCCAGAACAUGGCAAUAAUACGGUUCCGUUACCUACUAAUAGUGCGGCAUUAAUUAAUAAGGAAACUCACCCAAUUCCACUAAAGGAAGCUGUUCAAGCAAAGGAGCCCUCUGAAAUAAAGAGCUCUAUGAGUGAUGCAGAUAUGUAUGCCAAAGCUCUAGAGGUGGCACAAAGGAAAUAUCGUGAUGCCCAUUACAUACAAAAUUCUGGUAUCCCAGUUAAUACGAGUAAUAUGAGUGCUAAUAGUGGAUUUAGCAGCGGUAUAAGAAGCAAUAGUAUUGGUAACAAUAUACCUAAUGACGCUGCGGGUAGGUUAAGCCUUAAUGAUCAACUUUCUAAAACUACUACUGGAAGUGCACGCCGUCAAGAUGUAACUUCGAAUGUAUCAUUCUUACGUAAUGAACCCGUUUCUAAUACUGAGUCUGGCGGUGGUAUGAGACUGUCAAUAGAUUCCAAAAAGAAAAUGAACGACAGUUCUUAUGAGGCUAGGAAUGGUGAUGAAGCGGUGGCCGUGGUGAACCAUAAUGUAUCUAUACCAGAAAACUAUAUACCAGUCACUGCUUCCUCAGCUAUUGUUCGUCCUGCUAUCGUCACAACCGUCCCAGAACCAAAUAGAUAUAUCACCACUGAUAUAGAUCAUAACAUAACCACCGUAUCAAAUAAUACUGAUAACAUAUCUACUGAUUUUGCCAAGGGCCACCCAAUGCAGAAGUCACAAACCAACGAUUCGGCAAAGCACAGAUCCAAAUUUAAACAUUUCGUAGAUAAAGUGGUACAAUUUUCAACUGAGAACAGUGGUUACCAACUGUCGAAGGAUGAACAGUAUCGACUACAAGGUCAAAAAGGGUCUAAUGGUGAAGAUGUUGGGGAGGGACGUAAUUUCUUAAAUGUUACUCCCCCUCAACAUCAACUUUCAGCUGUUCCAAUUGUUCAACCCCCUGUAACCUAUGUGGAGCCUACCUCUGUAUCUAGAAUUCCAAUAACUACAGUUGGAAGUGAAUCUUCAUUCCAGAGGAAGAACAUUACGAAUAAUAGUAAUAUGGACAAUGGUAAUACUAGUGCAACAUUGAAUACCGUGUCUUCUAGUAUAUUUAGUAAGGAUAAGGGCCCUGUAGAUGUGUCCCCUCCUCAAACGUCUUCUAACUAUAUUCCAAAUGAGAUUUCCACUCACGAGCCUCUAAAGAAAGGCAGUUCACUACCUAGGACACUUGAUCAGGGACAUGCCAAGACCUUUCAACAGGCUAAUAAUAAUAGCGUUGGUAUGGAUAGAAUUAUAACGCCAGUUACCGUUGUGGCAAAUAAUGUGGCAACAGUAGAGACACACACAAAGAGUGUGCCAGUACCCACCAGUCCACCCAAGAAGAAGGGCUUUUUCAAGAAGUUAUUUAAGCGCUAA